AUGUUCCGACGCCGGACAGUCUACAUCCUCCUCAGCCUCCUCGCCGCCAUCCUAGUCGGCACCGUCGUCGUUCUCUCUUCCAUCUCCUAUUACCUCUCCAUCGACACCAAGGCUUACCUCACCGAGGCCGAGCUCGAUGCGCCUUUCAAUGCUACAGAGCCUUGGAAUGCGACGGACCAUGGAAUGGUCGAACGUAUCCCGCGUAUCCUUCAUCAGACGUGGAAGACGGAGACCCUGCCGGAGAAGUGGGCUGAUGUCUCUCAAGGCUGUCGGGACUUGAUGCCGGACUACGACUACAUGUUAUGGACUGACGCUAGCUCACGAGAGUUUAUCUCCGAAAACUACCCCUGGUUCUUGGAGACCUUUGACGGCUACAAGUACCCCAUUCAGCGCGCCGACGCCAUCCGGUACUUCAUCCUUCAUCAUUAUGGCGGUGUCUACCUGGACCUCGACAUCGGAUGCUUGCGUCCGCUCGACCCGCUCUUGGUCUACCCCCCACGACACCCGUUCAUGGAGCAGCUGAUUCACGGCCUCAUGGGAUUCGACCACAGUUGGGUCCUCAACUACCCCACCGUCAUGUUCAGCACGGGACCCAUGUUCGUGUCUGCGCAGUACGGGCUGUAUACGUCGACGCAUCCGGCUACCCUUGCGCAGCCCGGUGGCGAACUUCGCGUCCUGCCAAAGGCGCUCUAUGGGAAGAACGCGAAGCCCGGCGAGGCGCCGCACUCAUUCUUCUCGCACUAUUAUGGGAGCAGCUGGCAUGCAGACGACGCUGCCUUCAUCGGUUUCCUCGGCAAGUGGGGCAAGGGCCUCAUGUGGGCAGGUCUCGUCGUCUUCAUCCUCGGCGUCAUCAGGCUUGCGCUCGCGCCCGCUGCGCGCCGUCGCAAGUACCGCCUCAGACGCAUCGGUGGCUACGAGGUUAUGAUGCCGCGUUGGGUGCAGCGAGAUGGCAGAUGGUAUCUCGACCUCGGUUGGUUUGGCCUGCCCUCCUCGGGCGCCGGGACACCGACGCAUCCCGCCUCUCCCAUCUCCCUCCCGAGCGAAACCUCUGAUGCUGAUGAGGAGGAUGUACAACUCCUGCCGCUGUCGUUUGCGCCAAGGUCGUCGUCGCCCGCGCCAUCAGAAUCGUCAUCAGUCAUGGAUUCUAUGGACUCUGUCUCGUCUUCGUGGCAACGCCCAACCGGCGGGUCGCCUCUCGACGUCGUCCGGCGCGCAAGUCGCCGCGUCAUGACGUCGAUCUUCGGGGGGCCAGACUCACCAGAGCUGCCUCCGUCGCGGCGCAGGCGCAGCCGGGGCGUACUGUUCUUCCUCCCCGCCUUCCUCUCGACCUCCCCGGAGAUCGAGCUCGCGCGCGGGCGCUCACGCUCGAGGUCCGUGCACCUCGCACCCUCAAUCUCGCGAUCGACAAUACAUCUGCCGCCGGAGAAACGGCAGCACGACGAGGAGGCGGGCGCCUUCCUCCCCGCGCCGAGCGGCCGACCACACGGCGGCCGGUCAAACUCGACUGUGUCAUCCUCAUCGACGCUCUUGUGA